AUGGAUUUAAAUGACAAGGAGACUUUCACAGAUAUUAUAAACUCACUCAACAGCGACAAUACAGACUACAUACGAGCUCUAAGAGACGUUACAUCUGUUAUUUCAUCUCGGAAUGCGCCUUUAGUUCUCGGAAUAAUAGUCGGAAUACAAGGCAGAGAAGUUAGAAUAGAAGAGAAAAAGAAGGCUGAUUUUGUGGAUUUGCUGACUGAAAUAAGAACAAAGCUGGAUCAAUUGCUUCCAUUAAAACUAAAACAUCUCAUUCCAUCUUCAAAUAUUAAUUUUUCUGAGAAAAGCAGAGAAAAGUUAGAAAAGAAAAGCAUUCUGAAAGCAUUUGAGCAAAUUAUCAUAGAAACGUUAAUAAAAAAACCAAAACACGAAAUUUGGAACAAUCUGAAUGUAUACUUUAAUAAGGAUGAUGUGGGUCAGUUUAGACUGAAAGAUGGCCCUAUCAAACAUCUUUUUGGGUAUCUAACAACAUCUACUAGAAUAAAUAAAUACCUCAAUAAUAAUGCCGAGAGCAUCAGGGUUCUGAAAGAGAUGUCUUUUUUAAUGAACGAAAGUAGCAUUGAUACUGUUCUUGAGCUUUUUGGAGAGAAUUCUCGGCAUUUUAGCACAUUUUUAAUAAUUUUAAAGGCAUGCAAACCAGAGAUUUACGAAAAAAUACAGGAAACAAUUUACUCUGAAAAGAAGUAUUUUAAAGAGAGCUUUGUUUGCUCACUCCCUGAUUUUGAUUUUAAUAAGAUUAAAUCUUUUGUCAAAGAUUACAACUGGGAUGUUACCGAGAGUCUCCUUCGACAUAGACCAGUCAUCGCCAAGAGCCUCAUAGAUGCCUUUAACCAAGACGAGCUUGGCAUUUCUAAAAGAUUCUUCCUCGAUGCACUUCUCAAACAGGAUGAGAUUUUUUCUAACUUUAUCUCCGAUCUUAACCUAGCACCUGAAGAGCUUGUUGAACUUUGCACCAAAAGCUAUAACUUUACCAAAAGGUAUUUUUAUCACAUUGAAACGGAGGAUCAAAUGCUCCAGUUCUGCAAAAUCCUAUCCAAGAGAGACGAGGCAAGAACUUUGGCAUUUUUGAAAGAAGUUGAGGAUCUUUCUAGUUUUGAGCUGUUUCUAAAGACGUUAUUGAAAACAACAAGGUUAACUGGUGAGUUUAAGAAUUAUAUUGUUACGAAGUAUUCUGAUAGCCAUACCUUUUUUCAUAGCCUAAUUUCAUAUUUAGAUAUUGAAGCCAUCGAACCCCUUUUAGAAAAGUACUAUGAACACAACACGACUAUUGAAUAUCUUCUCAGAAGAUUCUAUCCCCAGGAACUCAUCAUUGAAAUUCAUAGGUUUAAAGACCCCAUGCUUGCCUUCAAUCUAAUAUCGGAUUGUAUUGAAAAUCUAAAAUUUGAAGAUAAGGAUUGGGUACUGGCCAUGAAGUCGUUGGAGACAGUGUACUCCGCCAUUAAAAGCAGUACCUCAUUGCUAGUUUUGAAGACAAAACCAAAUAUUAGGACACCAACCAUAAACUUUCUCAAAAAAUCAGUGAGUGAUGCACUCUGGAGCUCUCAAAUAGCAACGCAAGACUUCAUAAAGUGUUUAGAAUUGCUAAAGGAUGAUUGCCUUACAGUUUUUGACUCCAUGACAAGAGAGGAAAUAAUAUUUGUGAUGAAAAAGUCACGGCAGCUCGAGAACACAGUUAGAAGCUUUUUUAAAAAUUACUCUGGCAGCCUGCCACCAAAACUAAUGUUUGUAUGGAACUGUCUUCGAAUGUUAUGA